CUGUAAAACAGGGCCUUGUUGUUCAGUCAUGGCUUUACUGUAACUCGUCCUUACAUUGAUCAACCAGACACACUUAGGCUAUCACUACACGUUAGACAGUAAUGAUCAGUAAAUCAGAAACGUCAUCCACUUGUGCUAACAGACCAUAAAUGGCACUGAUAAAAGCACUGUAAAUAUUGUCAAGUCUCAAAGGGCAUUCGGUGGUGUCAGUGUGUGUCCGUGUCGCGCUAAGAACAACACAACCUUCGCCAGUUUCUCUUGAAUCUGAUUUUUAAUACUGAGAUUCGUCACAAUGUGUACUGGAAAGUGUGCGCGGUUGGUGGGGCUAAUACUUCUACCCUCGGCUUUUUUGUGCAUAAUAGCCAAUAUACUUUUAUUCUUCCCUAAUGGGGAGAAGCUGGAAACGAAUCAGAUUUCCCUGCAGGUCUGGCUUAUGGGAGGUGCUCUUGGUGGAGGACUAUUUAUGAUGUGUCCAAGCUGCUCAGCCAUCAGAGCCGGGGGCAAAGGUUGCUGUGGGGCUGGUUGCUGUGGAAACCGUUGCCGUAUGCUGAGUUCUGUUUUCUCGUCUGUAUUUGGCGUUAUUGGGUCGGUCUACUGUGGUUGUGUCGCCAUUGCAGCGCUGGCUGUCGGGCCAAAAUGCAGAGUGGGCGAAGACUGGAAAUAUCCCUUUGAGGAUAAAUCAGAGAACAGCACUAGUUACCUGGUGGAUCAGAAUAGAUGGUCCGAAUGUGACUUUCCUGACAAUGUGGUUCUCUGGCACAUCGUGCUGUUCUCCAUCCUGUUGGGUCUGGCUCUGUUGCAGGCGAUACUCUGUGUCAUUCAGGUCGUGAACGGAUGCGUGGGCUGCUUCUGUGGAGACUGCCGAAAGAGAAAAUCGGAUGAAGGAGGUCUGUGAGAUCUUCUGAGGGGGAAAACUACAACAACUACAACAAUGGACUAACAGCUUUCACACAGACUGCUUAUAAGCAUCACUAAAAAGGGUUGUGUGUAAAUUUAACCUUAUUUGAACUUUAUUCUGUAUUUUUAUGCACUGAAAAAAAAUUGGAGUUGGAUUUACUUGAGAAAAGCUAACUAACUUUUUUCACUCAGAAAAUGCUAGUAAAUUUGCCAAGAAAAAACCUAAACAUAUUUAACAGUAGCUUUAAUUAGAAAUCUAUUAAGUUAAAUGGAAUAUUGAAUUAAGUAAACUUUACAAAAAAUAUUUUUUAACUUGGCUAGUAAAAGGUUGAUAAUGUCGAUUUCCUUUGCCUUUGUAUUACAUAUCACUAAAACAAUAAUAUUAAAAUGUAUUAGUCAUUUAUAGUAUAUGCUUUACUUAGAUCAUCUUGUCAGAUGUUACGCAUCAUGUGAAUGUAAAGACCUCAAUACUUGGUAGACAAUACACACUGGCGGUAACAUUUGAUGGGUCGUUUUUGUGUUUGAA